AACAAGAUGAAAAAGUCUUAAUUUCGUUAACUCUCUCUUUCGAUUCACUUCUAUUCUCAACAUCACUAAUUGUUUCCCAGUUUUAAUCAUCAUUUUACACUCAUCUUUAGACUGCAAAUUUCCCUGUUUCCACACUUUCCGUUUCCUCUGAAUUUCACCAGAAAAUCUUAUUUUCUCCCAAUAACCUUACAAUCAAUCAAAUUUUACUUCAACCUUUAGUGAAAUCGAAACAAAACUAAAUAAAUUUCAUCAACAUCGAAAAGGGAAAAAAAUCUUUUUUUCCUCAUUAUUGUCUUAUUUAUCUUGUAUUAUGUUCACCCAGUUUGAGCUUUGUUAUUAUUUGCUCACAUUUACUCAUCUAUCUUGUUAUUCAAUCAUCAUCAUCAUUAUCAUAAACACAUUGUCAACUUGAUUCAUUUAUUUUCAUUUUUCUGUUGCUUCCAAUUUUUCACUUUCAACAAUUUUCCUUCCCUUCAAAGUUGAUCAAUUAAUGUUCAUCUUGUUCAUUACAAGUUACAAGCGUUUACAGUUUCACUCAAAGAAGAUUCAAAUUCAAUCAUUCAAUGGGCUGAUAAAGGCUCUGUGCUUGUUCCCAGACUUUGUUUUAUGGCUUAUGAUAGGAGAACAUCUAAACGUAAAAGUGGCCGUCAUCAUCAUCGCUCUCGAAAAUUGGACACUAGCAUCUCUCAUCGACCUCGGUCAAGUGGUGAAAAAUGUAAAGAUUAUUGUCGCAAGUUUGUUGCAUUCCUGUUUAGCCAUAUCGGUAUUAGUGCCAUUGUUGUUGCCUACAUGAUUGGCGGUGCUCUGCUCUUUCAACGGCUUGAAGGUGAGGCCAGCAAUGAUAUCAACAUCUCGGUUGGUGAGAUGAUCAUUGAUUCGGUUGAUCAAAUGUGGAUCAUUACCAAUGAGAUUAACAUUCUUAAUAAGCAAGCCUGGGACCAAAUAAUGCGUAACGAGACCAAUUCAUUUGCCAUUAAUCUGAUUAAACAGAUUCAAAGUGGAUUUGAUAAUAAACCUCGAAAUAAUAAAUGGGAAUUUCCAGGAGCAUUCCUAUUCUGUUUAACUGUCAUCACAACCAUUGGUUAUGGGCACAUUGCACCGAUAACGGCUGAAGGACGAGCAGCGACCAUUGUCUAUGCCAUUUUUGGUAUUCCCUUAAUGUUGCUCUAUCUAGCCAAUAUUGGUGGCACAUUGGCCAAGUCUUUUCGAUAUGUUUACGGUAAAUUUCAAUCUUGCUGUUCAUACAAGCAAGCCAGUCGAGGCAGGUCAGCUCGAUCCCGGUCAAGACGAACAGCUCAGGGAACAGUUAGACGAAGUGUUACCGGUAAAACUUCAUCCAUUGAAAUGAGUCCACUAAGUCUAGGUCCGACAACCUCAACACCAACAGCAACCAGUAUUUGGUCGACAAUGGUUCACCAUGCUCAUGGUUCUUCACUGCCCAGUUCACCAGUUUCCAAAGUUACUCGAAGCAUUCCUUUUAAUCAAACAGAUUCAGGUUCACGCCAUGAGACACCUGAGUUGAUCCAAUCUGGUUAUCGGCUGGGCAAGAGUGUCACUGAGCCAAGUAUUGCUGGUGGCAUUGACCGUGAACCUUCAACCGUCUUUCGUCGUGAUGAACCUUCAGAUGGUCGUCGGGUUGUAUUGGAGCGAGUCCAUGUUCCCAUCUCAUUGUGCCUCUUUAUCUUGAUUGCUUAUGUUUCAAUUGGUGGGAUCCUCUUCUCAGGCUGGGAAUCGUGGGAAGUCCAUGAUGGAAUCUAUUUUUGUUUCAUUACUCUAUCGACCAUUGGCUUUGGUGAUCUGGUUCCAGGAGAGAAGUCAUUGAAAUCUGAGAAUAUGAUUCUAUGUGCCUUGUACAUUCUAAUGGGACUUGCUUUGAUUGCCAUGUGUUUCAAUCUAAUGCAGGAAGGUGUUAUCCAUAAGGUUAAAACAUUGGGCAUAAUUGUUGGUAUCAUCAAGGAUCCAAAUUAUGAGGAAGAUGAAGAUGAUUACUAUUGGGAUGGUGAAUCUGAUGUACAAUAAAAGAGAAGAAGAAGGAAAAAGAUUAGAGUUACGGUGAAAAGUUAAAUUGCAAAUUAACCUUUUACGAUUAAUUGAAAUCCAUCCUGUUAUUGUACCAUUGAUAUAAUGCCAUCUGGGAAUACCAUUUGAAUCAUUGCAUAUUGAAAUGUAAACAAGAUUGAGACAUUUUUGGUAAGAUUAUAUCAACAGGGAAUUGAACAUGUAAUAAUAUCGUUGAACAGGAGAAACAGGACAAAGAAGUUGAUUUUGAUUCACCAAUUCUGAUAAAGUGAAGAGUGAAAAAUAUCAAAAUGUUGUGUGCUCUUAAAUGCAAUUCAUAUGUACUAAUGACAAAUUCAACCAAUUUUUGCUGCUCAAUGAUAUGAUAUUUUACUUUCUCUCUGAUAUGAGAAGGAAAAGGACGGAAAAGAAAAUGAAAAAAUAUCAAAAUAAAUUGCAAAAAGAUGAUGACAAACACUAUUUCUUGCCUUCUUCAACAUCUUUGAUUAUAUUUCAGUUUCUCUUUGGGAUUCUCUCAUGGAUAAAUUGUUUCUCACUUUUACCAUCAUUUUCAUCAUCAGCCUCUUCUUCUUCCUUCUUUCUUUGCUUAAACUCAAUUCAUGAUUCAUGCCUUUACUUUGAUCACAAUUUUCACUCAAAUUGACUUGAUUUAUAGCUUUUUCUUUCUCCUUUUUUUGUAUUUUUCUUCUUCAUUUUGACUGAGGAAAAAAAACUGAGUAAAAAAAUGUUGAUAACAUGAAUUUUACAAUAAUCCGAAUUAGAGUUAAUACAUUUAUAUUGAUAAGAAUCACUUUACAUUUGCCUUUUCCUCUUUUUUUAUUUCAGAUUAUUUCCUUUUCUCUAUUGUUAUAAUUUCAUUCCUUGUAUUCACUCAGUUUUCAACAUAUAUUCAAUUUUGACUCUAUUGUGAAUACAUAAUAAGCCUAGGUCAAAUCAAUUUAUCGUAAUAAUCAGCAACAUCACCAGAAUCAUCACCAUAAUCAUCAGUAACAUCAUCAGCAACAUCAUCAUUCACCAUUACCUUUCAUCCUUCCCUCUUCUGCCUCUCACAAUAGCUAAAAGCCUAAUUUCAAUGAAUAAAGCAUCAAAUUAUUAUCAAAUCAAA